AAAUCUUUCCGGACAUAUAUUGAUUGACGUAAUUAGAUAAGAAAAUUUUACAAAUACGCGUUAUUUCGUGCUGAAUUCAACACAUUUACGACUGCCCGUCAUGGCUAUAAUAGAAAGAUUCUCAGAAGCCGCAGUGCUGGCAAAACUUUGUAGUGUAACAUUGCUCGUGGCGAUGUUACUCGUGUGGAUAGCUUUCACGUGCACAGGCUGGGGCGGAUAUGACCGGAAGACUGAGCCUUACGAGAGAAGUGGAAAACAUUUCGGGUUAUGGCGAGUUUGUUCUGAUAGCAAGUAUAUGUCGUCAUGUGAUCCUUUGGAUGGAGUUACGAUUGAAUGGUUUGGAAUCGUUCAGGCAUGUGCAAUUUUUGGAUUUUUCGGUAUCAAUCUAGCUUUCUUCCUGCUGGUAUUGUACAUAUUUGUGCCUAGCUGUCAGAGAAACAAGGAGGUAGGCAUGGCAGCAAGCAUCAUAUGCAUUGUAACUGCUGGACUGUAUUUAGUCGGGGUGAUAAUAUUUGGGGUGAGAUACAAGCGGGAUUACAUAAAUGAACUCGAAGACGACUACAGAUUCGGUUACUGUUACUUCCUGUCUAUAGUCGCCAUUCUGCUGGAGGGUGGCUCAGGGGUGCUGCUGUUUUUCGAAACCAGGCUAAACGGCGCGACCCCAACAGACAGACAACAUUUAACAAGUUCCGGAUACCAAGCAAAUCCUACAUACGGUGCAUCCACAACGAGAGAACAAACGGCGUAGGAUAUGAGGAUUUAAGUACACUAACUUGUUGGAGACAAAAUGUCCAUUUGCUGUCUUGAAUAUUCAUUAUUUCAUUUUGUCAAGAGGAAUGUUUUAUGUGGCAACGAUGUAAAAGAACAGAAUUAAAAACUCUGUAAGAACGGUGUAUGAAAGUGUAUUUAAGUAUUUUAGUAUAUUCUUACUGUAUGUAAAUAGUCAUGUUUGAGAAAUUGAUAAACAUAAGUUCAACUAGCUACAGAAAAAGAUAUAUAUAUGGCUGACUGUAAAUGAUUAUGAAGAAGUUCCACGUAUUUCUGUUAUUAUUUGCUGUCUUGUGAAUAAUACUCCUAUAUGAUAUAUAAAUAUAUAUGGCACAAACA